GGAAUGCAGUGUAGACGAAUAUAAAAAUUGGACACUGUAUAAGAGAAACUGCGCUCGGCGUGUGGUUUGUACACAAUGAGGUACGGAUUGGUGGUUCUCGCUGCUGGAUUUACAGCUUUUCUAAGCUUUAGCCUCCUCGCUGUGGCUAUUGGGACUGAUUACUGGUACAUUAUCGAUGUGAAUAAACCCAACUGCUCAGGUCCAGACGACAUGAGUUCCCAUUCUGGACUGUGGAGAAUUAAUGAAGGGGCGAACAUGAGCUCCGUCAUCCCUUCCUUCACAGCAAACAUGUCCAGUCUGUCAGAAGUGGAAAAGCACCUUCUUGGCUUGCACAAGGUGGUGGUCAUCAUGUUGCCCCUCAGCCUGGUGCUGCUGGUGUUCGGCUGGAUCGUUGGCCUCGUCAGUUCGUUGGCCUGCAGUCCCAACCUGCUGGCUGGGUCCGCCUCCUACUUUCUCUUCUGCAGUAUUUGUACACUCUCUGGGGUCUGCAUCUACAUCAAAUACUCAAACCUGGCCAUGGAGGAGUUCCAGCGGAUGGUUUCUCCAGAGAACCUCGCCCAUGUGAACGUGUCCUUCGGCUGGUCCUUAGCAACAGCCUGGCUCUCCUACAGCCUGGAGGUGGCCACUGGCCUGCUGCUCCUGCUAGCUGCUCGAAUCACUCAGAUGAAGGGGCGCUUUGACUCUGGUGUAGCCAUUGCCAUGUUAUAGAUAGAUGUUUUUAAUGCUCAUGUGCAUUUUGCAACCAACAACAUGGUACUUUAUUUAUUUGUUGUAUUGAAAUGUAUUGAACAAAUUAAAAAGAUAAUUGUAAUAUCACCAGGGGGUCAAGGGAAGAGGCAACACAAUGAAGAUACAAGCUGGAUUUACAUAAUUACAACCAUAUUGAUGCUGAAAAGGAGCGCAGUUUUCACUGGCUCAUUGUGAAGACAGCCUGUCAUCCUCUCGCUAUUAUUUAAUUUCCAUUGUGCCAGUCCAAUAAUAUUAUAAAUGUGUCCCCACAAACAUAACAAAGUGGCUUACCUUUGAAUGUUUCUUUGUAGGGUUUUUCAGUAAUUUCCACCUUUUGUUGCUAGAUUCCAUUUGUAUGCCAGUGACACUGUAAACAGCAGAGUGUACGGGUCACACUGAAUUCAGCAGGAGGUUUUCUGUGAGAUGUGUCUUGAAAUACGAUUGUAAAUCAUAGGGUCGCAGCUUCAUCUACAACUCAAAUGCAAACUCACUGCCCUGCAAUAUGAACACAAGUAAAAGGAGAAUGAAGUUGUAUGGGAUCAUUUCCUUUUUGACACUUGCUAUAUAUAUCUUUUGAGGACAAGUUCCACACCUACUCUAUACUUAUACUGCUUUUAAAUGGGCUAUAUCAGUGAAUAAAGGUAUUUCAUUCAAGUGAACCAGACAGGCAAUUCAUCCACAUACUGUAGGCUCUGGCACACAGCCAGGAAUGGUAUAGUAUGUUAUGAUAGAAUAGCUGUUGCAUUGUUGAUCCAUGUGGUAUAUCAAUUUGCAUAUUACAGCUUUUGAAAAGCAGUUAGCGUUUAGUUGAUGGACAAUGUUGGCUUGUGACUUUUAUUGAACAUUUUAGUUUUUGCCUUCUGCUUAACAAACGUCCUACUGUAUACCCAUUUUACAGGUGAAUGCAUAAAUAAUGGAAGCAGGGCUGAAGAUAAGUGCACUCCUGAGGGUGCUGCAAGUUGUUUUCAGCCGUAUUUAUUGUAUGUACGUGUUGCUGCAUGCUUUGCAGUAGUUAACAGCUAGAUGUUGUAUUAGUCUGUCUGUGCUGAAUGAGACUUUUCUCUGCAUACUGGAAGAAAAAAUAGCAAAUAUAACUAUAUAUAUUAUUGAUAUAUGUAUUGAUGUCAAAUGUAUUGUGUUGGUGUCAUUUUCUAUUUAAUGCUAUUAAAUGUCAGUGACACACUCUGUAAUUACAUUGUACAACAUGUCUUAAAGAUUGUUUGUGUUUUGAGACAAUAAGACCAUUUAAAACAUUGG